AUGAAGGGCUAUCCCACCUUGUCCUGGGGCCACCCCUCACACCUGACUAGCAUGGUGGUGACACAAGUACCCCGAGGUAAUCAUACAACAGGAGGAGAAGAUCCAAUUCACCCACAAACAGCCCUCAAAGUUCUUCAACAACAGCUGGAAUCAGUUCAGACACUUCGGCAACAGACUCUGGAGCAUGUUAACAUGGUACAGUAUAAAAUCAGUGAGAUACUAAAUAAAAAUAUAUUUGAAAUGAAAACUACAGUAUGUACAUCAGACAAGAUUUUGAUGACUUGCACAGCAAGUGAUGCAUCUCUGCCUAUGGAAAAUCCCAAAGCGCCAUCUUCUAAGAGAGAAGUUCACCAUGACCAACAACCCUGUUCUGAGGAGCAUGUGGAAGCACAUUCCAAUCCUGUAAAUGUGGUCAGUGACAUAAAAAGUUCACAUAGGAUUUCACUGCAAAAUACAGCAACUGAAAAGGUUGAACAGUCAGAAGAUCUACUUGGAAACAAAAGGUUAUCUGCAAUGAAGAAUGAAUAUAAAUGUGGACAUUUGGUAUCUGGCACCGAUCUGGAGACAGAAAGGUUGAAUGCUGCCCAGGAGAAGGUUAAUUCUUUGUCCAAAAUGGUGAAAGAUAAGCUACUAAUGCUUGAUCACAAAGAGCAACUAGAAAAAGAGCAACUGACUGUUUUAAAUCAGACACCACCGAGGCUAGGAAAUCAGAAGUUGAGUGAAAUCACAGUAACCUCUGAAUACGAUGGGAAAACUGAAGCAUUGCAAAAGUCUCUGAAAAAUUCAGAGUAUUUGCAAAAAAGAGUACACGAUCUUCAGAAUGAAAAUUUAGCUCUCAAGAACAAAGUCAAACCUCUUGCUGUUACCAUACAGUCUUUGAAAGAAAAAAUAUCGAACUGUGAUAUACAAAUUAAGCAUUUAGCUAAAGAAAAGAAAAGUAUGCUAAAGCAGUUGGUUAAAUCACAAGAAGACAACAAGGAAUGUAUUAAGGAAGUAAAGAACUUACUAAGAAAAUGUGAAGAACUCCAGAAACAGAAAAUAAUCCUUGAGGAAGAGAAGAGUCAACUCCAUCAUGGAAACCAACAAACAAAACAGGCACUACAUGAUUUUCAAAUUAGGAACAAGAAAUUAGAAGAAAAGAUGACUACUGCUACCUGUGAAAAAGGGAAGCUCAGUGCAAUGCUAGAGUGCUUGCAAAAGGAAUGCUCCAUGGUACAAGAAACAAAUAAAAAACUUCAGAUAAAAAUAUCCCAGCUUACAGAAGAAAAGAGUUCCCUAGAACAAGAGCUUGAAGGAAAUCAGAAUGAAAUACAACAAAUGAAGGAAAAAGAAAGUGCAAUGAAAUCUGAACGGGAGACUCAUCUUCAAUUAAUGCAAACACUGGCAGACAAGAAACUUAGCCUUGAAACGAGCCUGCAGGAAUGUUCUAAUGCUAAACAGAUGCUGCUGAAGGACUUUAAGAAAGUCCAGUCAGAUAAAGAUUAUAUAGAAAAGAAACUUAUGACUGAACUCAGAAAUGCAAAAGCAGAUAUUGAUCUUUUGAAGUCUAACUUGACCACUGCAAACAGAGAAUGCAAGAGGUUAUCAACAGUAAUAACAAACAUCACAGAGGAAAAUGAGUUACUUAAGAAAGAACUACAGGAACAUAGACAAGAUGCUUUCAAAUAUGAAAAUGACAUUAGAAAACUGAUUGAAGAACACUUAAUAUUAGAAAAUCACCUGUGGACUAUUGAAAAUGAGAGAGAUGUAUUACAGUUUGAAUUCUACCAUUUGCAUAAGGAUUACGUUUAUCUCCGAGGCCAAACUACAGCUCUAGUCUGGGCACAAAGGACACCCAAUUCCAGUUUUGGCACCAUGCAAGAUGACUGUUCUGAAUAUUCCUCUGGAAUUUGUAAAGAAAUUCCUGAUUCUCAGUAUGCAGCUCUGGAAUACCUUUCACAAGAUACUGACAUAGAAAGGUUAUUACUUAAAACGUGA